AAGUGGGUAAUGGUGGAUGUGGUGGUAUUGGGGAGAAACAAGGCCUGCAGCUCUCAGUGGGAGCACACUGGGAGAAUGCACAGGGUUUUUGCAGAAUCCCCUCCCUGCCAUACUCUGCUGGAACAUAUAUCCUCUCUGACACAGAAAUUGCCAGUUUUCCCUCUUUUCCCUGUCAUAGAUCUGUUCUUGGGGCCUCUGUGCCUACUGGCUAACUUAGGAUUCUGUCAGCUCUCAGUAACAGUGGCAGGCCCCAAAAAACAUUAGAUUAAAAUGGGCUGCACUGCAGGUGCCUUCCUAAAACCUCAUCCCCAGCCUGAGACCUAGAAGCCAGUCUGCUUGGUUGUUCUCCUUACCAAGUCUUCCUAGCAAGUUCCUUCCCGGAAACAGUUCUUGUCACCAAUUUUUGCACCCAGAACUGUCAAAAGAGAGUCCUUCCCACUCUCUGCCUGUCUCACUUGAAAAGGAGGCAGAAUCCCGAGGGCCUGAAGAGCCUCUGGUGACAGGUAAGGGCCUCCUCUCUUGUCACCGGCCAGGAAGUAUCACCAUAGCGACCCUAGCAACAAACAAUGGUGCCAGAAAGGGCUUCCCCACUAAGCCACCCCUCCUGGCUCUGACGCCCAGAAGAAGAAUGGCUAGUAACCCACAAAGAUCAAUCAGAGGAAGGAUGAGCAAUUCAUCUCGUGUCAGAGAGCCUUUCCUGAAGAUGGUCCAUGCCAGUGAAUCCCUCCCGACCCACCAAACGUGGGUUCAACGUGAGUUCCUUCUCCCCAGGGAGACCUGCGAGUUGCCUGGCUUUACCCGGCAAGCCUACCACCAGCUGGCCCAGAGGCUGCCACCCCACUCAGAUACGAAGUCCAAAGUGCACCACCGGCUAAUCCACCCUUGGAAGGACACAAUCCAGCACAGCUGGGGCUUUCACACGUGGCUCGAUGUGGGGCGUUUGCCUGCCACUUUUCCCACACACCCUGACAUGCCCUAUGACAGCAAUGUCUGGCGCUGGCUGACCCACUCCAAUGCCCACAACUAUCCCCCAGCAGACACCCCCAUCCCUCCUCCCUCCUGGAUUGGGAAAAACAACUUCCUGGCCUUCAUCUACUCUACCCCCAUCUUCUUGGACGUAAACAGGAAGAGCCAGGUGAUUUUGAAGACAAAGAAGGAGCUGAAGGAGAUGCAGAAACUCAAGCUGAGGAGUGAAGUCAGAGCCCCUCCACUGGAUACUCAUGGCAACAUUGUGCCUCCCGCCAACUUCAAAAAAGCCCAGUACAUAUCUGCUGGUGGGAGGUUUGAGCCUCAAGGUCUCCCUCUCCUGCCCAAUCCACUCCCCACUCCUCUCGCCAGAGGCUGGCCCUGCCCAAACCCUGUGCCUCAUUACCAGGAGAAGGCGCUAAAGCUGGCCUUGCUGCCCAGCAUGCCCCUGAGUAAGGACCUCAUAAAGGAUUACCAAACCCUGAUAAAGGACCGAAUUGCCUUGCCCCUCCACCCUCUGUCCAAGGCACAACCUGGCAAAACCUUGGGGAAGAAGAGGAAGAGAAGACCUGGAUACAUCUAGAAGGAGCCUCCAGAUGGGUGGGGACCGUGGUGGGUCCGUAGGCACCCCCCCAAAACUCCCGUUUUCUAAACCAGAGUUCCUGCAGCAGGAAGAUCUGGAGUGGCUGACGGACUCUGGCUUCUGGAGAACAGCCUCUUCAACAUCUUCCCAACUCAAGCUGCCUCUGUACCCCCAGGCUCCUGGAGACUCUACGGAAAAUCUAAAUUGUUCCACCUCUUUCUUGGAGAAACUCAUAGCAGAUGAGGGGACCGUGGUGGGAGGGUGGGCAGAAGAGUGAGAACAUGGAGGGGUUCCAGUUCCUAGGGGCAGAACAAGGAGUGGGGAGGAAGAAGAUGAG